UAAAACUAUUACAACUACAACCAGUUUCAAUUACUUCUUGUCUGUUUAAGCCACCAAAACCAACAAUUGUCAUAAACAUCGACUAGUAACAAAUUUAGUCACAAUUUAUACGGGAAUAAAAGCGGUUACAAAACUUUAAUAACGGAUUAAGCGGUUCGAAAACUGAUUGACAACUUUUAAAGUCAGUUUUAAAAUUCGAGGGAAAACUAUAAAUUCUUAAAUAUAAUAAAGCUUAACGUUAAAGAUGUUCAAAUUGGGAAUAUUUCUUCUACCAAUUCUCUUAGUGCUGGUUUGUCUGCUACGGUUUGCAAACGCUACUGUACAACCCAGAGCACCAAAUUUUCAAUAUUUUGAAAGACCAAAGUAUCGAUAUCCUUACUAUGAUUCCAACGGCCGUGGUAAAUUAUUAUAUGGUUAUGGUGGACCAGAUUUAUAUCAAUACAAAACUUAUACACCACUUGAAGGAAUACACUAAAAUUCAAGCUAUUUAUUAUUUAGUUAGUUAAUUUAUAUCAUAAGUUUACAAAAUUCAAUUUAAAUAUUUUAUAUGUUAAUUAUAUAUUUUUUCCAAUAAAAUAACAAAAAAGUACAAAUAAA